AUGGUAAAAAGGCAUAUUGAGAUCGCCAAGACCAUAGCAAACGACAUAAUCAUCCCAGACCCUGCUCCCCAGUGGACGGGUGAUACCUUCUUGGACAAAUAUGUUGAAUUGGAGCCCAUCCUUGAAAAGGAUAGUGUCCAGUGCUUCCUGAGAUUAUUCGGGAACUGUGCAGGCCGGGGCAUGUCAUCAGGUUAUACCAUCACCGCACAAACCUUAACCUUCAUUGUCAGUUUCAAUGCCCUGCGAUGUGCAAAAGCCGUAUUGGAGGGCAUGGCACCUGAGCUCUAUGGAAUGCACGCCAAUCCCAACUGCAUAAACAAAUAUGGUUACUUCCCGCUCCACGAAGCUGCUGAAAGGUUCUCUCUUGACAUGAUCAAGCUGCUUUUACGCCAUGGUGCAUCACGCAAUGUGCGCACAGUUGGCAGUCGUGUCAUUGAGAAUCUACUCCCGCUCCAUGUUGCAGUUGAGAAUACUUGCCUGCAUAAGUAUCUGGAGGACAAUCUGGAGGACAAUCUUUCUCGCAGACAUAAUCAUCUAGAUUAUAUCUACAAGCUUAUUCAUCUGCUGUGUCUACCUGAAAUGAAGAUAUUCUUGGACACAACUAGACUUCUUGAAAAAGGAACAAAUAAUCUACUUCAAGAGCCCUGGAAUUACAUUGAGGAUGGAAAAAUUAUCCAGUCUGCUGUUCUACUACUGACUGCUCAAGAGCAGAUCCGUGGGGGCAGUUCUUCCAAGAUAAAUGGCAGUAGUAAGAAAAAUGGGUUUGACCUUAUCAGUAAUUGUAUAAUGAGGCUUUCAUUUUCCUUGAGAUGGGAGAAAGGUUCACAUGGAAUGGCACCAGAGCUUCUGGAGAAAAGGAAGACACUUGCUGAUUGCGCAUGGCUGCUUGUUGAUGUAAUUUCCUAUGCCGGUGAAAAUCUUUCUCCAUACAUUCAAGCACAUUCCGAGUUAUGUUGUUUACAAAACUACAUGUCCUAG